GGGUGUUUCCUGUGCCUGUAAUUGAGGUGUCCCCCCACCAAGAGUGCGUCUUUCUCCCCCUCCCUGCCCCCUUGCUGUGCUUCGAGCUGGCCAUGGAGGUGCUGGAAAGUGGGGAGCCCAGCCUCUUACACUGGGAUCGGAAGCUGAGCGAGCUGUCGGAACCGGUGGACUCCGAUGCCCUGCUCUACAACACGCCCUUCACAGAACUCCUCGAUGAUUUUUCCCAGGAUAUUUUGGGGCAGCUCUUGAACGACCCCUUCCUGUCUGAGAAAAAUGAGAUGAUGGAAGUGGAACUGUCACCGUCUUCUCCAGCUCCCCUCAUCCAGGCAGAGCACAGCUACUCGCUUUGCGGAGACUCUCGGCCCCAGUCCCCGUUGACUCACAUUUCGGCAGAUGACAAUUUCAACGAAGCUGACCUGGAAAACGAAGACUGGUGUCUGGGUUCAGAGCUGGCUUCAGCCACCAUCAAGACAGAACCGGCUCUGGGGGAAGCACCAGGCCUUGCUCCCUCCGUCAGCCUCAGCGCCACACCCAGCCCUGCAACGCCGGAGAAGCAAGAGCCCCAGCUGCAGGAUGAUGACAUGGCUAAACCACUGAGUCACACAGCUCUUCCGGAGAUCAAACUAGAGCCGCAUGAAGUGGAUCAGUUCCUGAACCUUUCUUCGAAGGAAGCAGUCGAUGCCCUGCACAUGCCUCCCACCCCUCCCAGCAGCCACGGCAGUGAUUCAGAGGGUGGGCAGAGCCCGACCAGGUCCCUCCCACCAUCAAGUCCCACGCAGUUGCAAGCCACUGUUAAAGUGACAUCGCGCACGGCUUCAGCGCUCACCAAUUCCCCUCUAUUAACAGCGCCACAUAAACUACAGGGCACGGGUCCCUUGAUAUUGACAGAAGAAGAGAAGAGGACACUGAUAGCAGAAGGCUACCCCAUCCCUACAAAACUGCCACUCACGAAAGCAGAGGAGAAAGCGCUGAAGAAGAUCCGUAGGAAAAUCAAGAACAAGAUCUCUGCCCAGGAGAGCAGGAGAAAAAAGAAAGAAUACAUGGACAGCCUGGAGAAAAAGGUUGAAUCCUGCUCAAACGAUAACAGUGAGCUUCGGAAGAAAGUGGAAGUUCUGGAGAACACAAACAGAACGCUCCUGCAGCAACUUCAGAGGCUUCAAGCCAUAGUGGCAGGCAAAGUGUCACGCUCAUGUAAAGCAGCCAGCACGCAAACAGGGACCUGUCUCAUGGUGGUAGUAUUGUGCUUCGCAAUUAUUUUUGGCAGCUUCCCGCAGAGUUACGGGCCUAACUCCUCCAUCACAAAGGCAGCGCUGCCGGCCCAGCAUUCCACGCCAGAGUCAUACACAGCCUCUAUAGUGCGGUCAAGGAGCCUGCUGACUUACGAGGGGCCGCAUCCGCUGGAGGAACAGCCCUUCUUGGAUCGCAGCAACGGCCGAGACAGGCACCUGGAGGCCUCCAAACUCUCAGCCCUGUCUUUGGAAUCUGUGUCCAGGUCACAGCACGACCAAGUCAUGGAGAUCACGAUAGGCAACGAAACGAGGCUAGAGAAGUCGGUGCUGGUGGGGCUGCAGCAGCAUAGAGUCAACUCAGAGCUGGAUGCAAAUGAAACACUAAAGAUCAUCGAAAUUGACAGAAGAGUUAAUGCUACUUCUUAAUAGGAACACACACAAAAAGGGGGGACUUUUUUCUUCUUACCCCUUGAUCUUCUUCCCAACCAAAGGUCGCUGUCAGUAAAUGCAAAGGGCAAGAGGGAAGCACUUCUCUGAUUUCUGCAUUGGCUUGUGAGAAAGUGGCUUUGUGCUGCAGUUCCUGUUUUGUUGUUCUGUUUUUCUCCCCUUUCGUCCUGCAGGUCUUUCCCCCUCUUACACCCAAGGGGGAAGGACCGAAAGGCAGCUAGUGCCAAGCAGAUGUUGCUGUUGGGGUAGAAUGGGAGCAGCCGUGUCUUCUAGUUGAGCUGCAGGAUGUGGAUAACCCAGUAGGCCACUCAUGGCUGUAAAAAUCGUAGAUGUUUUGUCUGUGUUCUCUUACAGUGUUAUAAAAUGUGUAAAAAGGGAUGCGCGGCUUCUGGAUUCAGCCAGGAUCUGCUUCCCUGGAUUCGACAAAGAGUGAUUUCAGAAAGUUGGUUGUUGUUAUUUUUGAAAGGGAAAUGUCACUAUGAGGUGGGGAAUAUCUAUCGUGCUUCAACCAUCAUUUGUUCUUAACUAUUGUGUCCCCUCAUACUGAAACAGACGCACAACUUCAGGAUAGGUGAAAUAGAAACACAGGUACAGGAAAGGGCCCUUCUUCUUCUUCUUCUUCUUCUUCUUCUUCUUCUUCUUCUUCUUCUUCUUCUU